AUGAGCACUCAACAGCCCCCGCUGCGCUUCACAUCCCACCAUUCUCUUCCUCUUCGGCUCGUCCUCUCGACUCUCCUCGGCCGCGCCAUACACAUUUCCCAGAUUCGUCCUUCAAGUCCGACAAAUCCAGGUCUCUCACCCUCGGAGAUCUCACUGCUUCGCCUAAUUGAGGCUGUGACAAAUGGCUCUCAAAUGGAAAUAUCCUAUACCGGCACAGUCCUCCUCUACAAACCCGGUCUCAUUACUGGCUCAGCUUCGGGGUCCGGCGCAAACGCGGCAGGUGUGAUAAGGCAUGAGCUGGCUUCCAACAAUAGCAGAGGAUUAAGCUACUACCUGCUACCACUUUGCCUACUGGCGCCCUUUUCCAAAACCAAGUUCAAUGUGCUUUUCACUGGACAAGGGGUAAUCACAUCGUCGGUCGAGAAAUGGGGCGAUAUGAGCGUCGACUCUGUACGGACUGCAAUUCUGCCUCUAUUCGAGAAAUUCGGUAUCGAGCGCGAUCUGGAGAUACGAGUCCUCAAGCGAUCUAAUCCCGGCCCAAGGGGUUCAGGCGGUGGAGGCGAAGUACAACUUGUAUUCGGCCACCAAGUGCGUUUGCCAAAAACGAUACAUCUGCUCAGUCCAGGAAGAAUAAAGAAGAUCCGAGGUGUCGCAUACGCGACCGGCGUGAGCGGCAGCAACAAUGCCCGGAGCAUCGAAGCCGCAAGAGGCGUGUUGAACCCAUUCGUCAGCGACAUCUACAUCUUUUCGGACAUGAGUCCAGCGACUGUGAUCACAGCUCCGGAGAGAAACAAUUCUGCUGCAAAGAAGAAGAUUGGCCUCGGUUUUGGUUUGAGUCUGGUGGCUGAGAGCACAAGUGGAUGCCUCUUUUCCGCAGAUGCAGCAUCUCCGCCGGAGGGCGGCCAGCCUCCCGAGGACAUAGGACGUGCGUGCGCUUUCAAGCUGCUCGAGAGCGUUGAGAAAGGCGGAUGUGUCAGUUCUGAGGCCGCAACUAUUGUGCUAAUACUCAUGGCCAUGGGCUCAGAAGAUGUUGGCCGUGUGCAAUUUGGCAAGGAUGUGAUUGCGAACGAGAACGUUAUACAGCUCGCGAGGGAUCUCAAUGCCUUCGGCGCGCCUGGCUGGGGUUUCAGAGAAGCGGGAGAAGACAAGAGCGGAGAUCUGAUUGUUAGUGUUGUUGGAACAGGCGUUGGCAAUGUUGGCAGGAAAGUGGGCUGA